AUGGACUUGGUCCGCAACUUCGAAAGCACUAUAAAGAAGAGGGUCAGAAGGCCGCCGUUGCAGCCUGUGCUAAGCGAGAGGGCCAAACCUACUGCUAAGGGUGACGACAGUGAUGACAAUACCAGCGCCGCCUUUCUGAAACAAGUCAAGGGAGUAGCAGAGGGUCGAUUCGGGAUCAAAGUCCGCAGUUGGAGGGAAGCGAUAGUGAGCGCAGACAUCGAAGAGGUGGAGGAGACCAGUACUGUUACUGUCGAAGUCUGCGAGGAAACGACCAAGCAGGGUGAAGUGCCGCAGAGUGGACCUGUGGCGGAGGAAAGGACACCUGAGAGGGAGGUUGAAGUGUCAUGCACAUCAUCACAUAAUCAAGAUUGGGCCACCCCCUUUGCUGGUCCAGAGGAGGAGGAGGAUAUGGGAGGAGGGGAUCAAAGCGAAAAUACCAAGACGGGCGUGGUCGACUCGGAGGUGGCACCAGCGGGACAACCAUCUGGGGGAGGAGGGGUAGUCGAGGGCAACAACGAGAAAGACCAUGCAGAGUUGAUGGACGUUGAAGAGGAGGAGGCUCCUGUGGUGGUUGCCUCUGGGAAGCAGGAGGCGUCUCUGGAGUCUGUCGAGGGAAGUGUGGCCCUACCGGUGGCGGCCACCCCGAGACAGGACCAGCAGACGCCGAUGGUGAAGAGGACCCCUAGCAGUAGCAGGGGUAGUCAGAGGUCAAGGAGGCAGUCCACGAGCAAGAAAUCGGCAAGGAGGAACUCGACACCUGCGGCGGCUGUCACUCCGGUGGCACCGGUAGAGGAGAGGGCGGCUCCAGUGGUGGACAGCUGCGAGACCCCUGUCAUGCCAAGUACUGUGACUGUCGUCGAGGAAGUGGUCCUGAAAGAUGAGACCCCGCGAAGUGUGAGGAUCCCCACUCCAAAGCCUUCGGCUGUGAUGGGAGAUGUCCCUGUCAUUACCCCUCCGCCGUCGAAACAGAACUCCCCAGUGAAGUCGUCUAAGGCCAUGGCAGAGGGACCGCAUAUGGGCACUUUUCCCCAACCAUUGACCACGCAGGGUGGGGGUAUACCUCCAGACCUAGAGGAGGAGGAGCCAGACUAUAGCGGUAUACCUUUGGAAGAGCGACUGAAGGACAAGAGGUGGCAGGUUAGGCUCAGUGCUUACACGGAGAUAGACCGAACCUUAGCUGCUGAUAAUACGGAAGAGAAGGAGAAGGUCGCUACCGUGGAGUUGCUGUUGAUGAGUGCAUCGGUGGUGACCAGCGAGACCAACCCCCGCAGCCAGGAGGGGGCAUGCAAGGCUAUUGCGGCGUGUACUGGGGCUAGUAACUUCAACCUUGGGCCCUUCCUUGCUGGACUUCUGGAGAAAUACAUAUCGGGCAACCAGAAAAUUCAGGGCUUCGGUGUGGAGUGCUUGGCGAAGGCGAUCGAAGGGCAGGAGGGCCUGUCGAAGGAGGUGAUGGAAGGUGUAUGUGGGCAUGCCAAGGGUCUGUUGAAGCCGCCUAAGGGGAAGAAGAUGCCAGCUAAAGGGGUCACCAACAAACAGCUCUCUGGAUGCCUCGCUGCUCUUACUAGCCUCCUCGAGGCCUUUGGGACGACUGUGAUACCCCCGAAGGAGUUCCUCAGCUUGGGUGUUGAGGCAUGUGGGAGCACUGACAGAGGCGUGAAAGAGGCGGGAUACACUCUCUUGGUUGAGUUGUACCAGUGGCUGCCCGACGUCGAGGCCUGUGGCAAUGGUUUGGCGGAUAAUCAAAUGAAGGAGUUCAAGACUCGCUGUGAGAGGUUGGGAGAAUGCCAACCAAAAACUCCAACGAGGUUUGCCUUUGGGGUCAAGCUACCGGCAGAAGGUGCGACGGGUGCUGUGAGCCCGGGGGCCGUCGCUCAGUCGACUGAAGAUGCUGCGUACGACAUGUUACAGCCGCAGGACAUCUUUAAGAUGCUCCCUAAGGACUUUGUCACCUCCGCGACCAAGUGGGUAGAAAAGAGGGACGCCAUCGGCCAACUGACGGCCCUUGCUAAGAAGCACAAGAAAAUGGUAACUGCUGCUGCUGCUCCUGUCCUGGGGGACUCGGCGUCUAGUGUAGUGCAGUGCCUGAUGAAGGUUGUCAAGCUGGACCAGAACAUACCGGUGGCGACAGAGGCGUGCAGUGCACUGUGUGCGGUGGCCAAUGGGCUCCGAGGGGAGAUGCCUCACAGUAGGAUGCUGUUGUUGACGAUGCUCACGAAGAUCAAAGAGAAAAAUGCAGGAGUACUGAGGCAGGCCAUCGGGUGUAUCGACGCCCUGUUGAAGUACCAGUCGUUGUCGCUGGACAAUCGCCUGGUCGAGGACUUGGCAGGCGUCAUUAAUGACAAGAAUCCCAUAGGGAGGCGAGAGGUGCUCGGCAUAUGCUCUCGUGCUUUACCGUUCGUCUCAGCGGACCUGCUACUACCAAUGGCGGAGACUGUACUCUUGCCGUGUCUCGAUGAGUCCGACAAGACGGUCCGGGAAGCCGCCUGCACCCUAGGGGACCUUAUACUCACUAGAGACGAUAGUUUGCAAGGGGUGAUCCUUACUAAACUGCACACGAUGACUGCGGCCCGUCGAAAGGCCAUCGAGGAGCGAAUGAAGUGUCUCAAGGUUGUCAGUACUCCUAUGUCGGCCUCCACUACCAAGCCCAGCGUACCAACGAUGAGAACGGGCUCCACACCGGCCAGUGGGAAGGGUUCGAGGGUCCGUGAGAUCUCAGCGGAGUCCACUGCUAGCCGCCGAGUUAGAGUGCCGGCUAUCAGGGCACCAGGAGGAACUGCCAAUAGGAUCAACACUAGAGGGGCGAUGCAACGAAGACCAGUGGAGCCUCCAUUGGCCCUACCUUGUGGGUCGGCACCCGCUGCUGUCACACCGACGGGGGCCGCUACUAGUGGCAAGGGAACAGGGCGAGGGAUGAUGGCACCAAGACCAGCAAUACCAAGGGCCACGUCUCGUCCUCGAGGGAGGUCCGGCGUCACGACUGCUACUACUAGUCAGAGGGCUCCUGGGUCCUCUUUACUGAGGCAGGCUACACUCACCUCCUCUAGCAGUACUCUAGAGGCAGGGGCUGCCUUGGGUGUUGAACUUAUCCCUGCUGCCGGGUCCAGGCUCAGAAGACAACACAACGAGAGGCACUCUAUGUGGCCCGUCGAGGACAUCCCAGAGGCGUUGGUGUCGGCAUUGCAUCAUCAGUGGAACCAGAGUGUGAAUACUCAGGAUGCUUGCAGUGCACUACUCCUCCGUGGGUUUCAUUCCUUCCGUCUUCUCCUGGCUAGCAGUUCCUCCACAGAGAAAAUGUUCGCGCCCCGAGGGGCCUUCGCGGAAUUCGUCAUCGCCAUUGAUUUCUGGGCCGACUUCUACCGUACUGUUGACGAUAGAGAGAAGCCCCUCCUAGAUGAGGUCUUUGACCUUGUGGCGAAGUGGUGUACUUGGCUGCUCAGCACAUGUAAGGACAACCCACAAGUGUGGAAGUCGAUGCUGGACCUAAUGGAUGCCCUCCUACCCACCGUCAACAGGCAGGCAGCGAGAGCCUAUCUCUGGCCCUUCACUGAACGGGAAUGCAACGUCUUCAUACCUGCCUUGUUGGAGCGAAUGGGGCACAAAAUGGCAGCCUUUCGGAGCCACAUCAAGAACUUGGUCACCAUCCAUUUCGUCAAUACCGAGGCCCUGGUCCCGGCCAGAGGGAUGGUCCCGAUGCUAAUCAACUGCAUCCAGACCAGCAAGAACAAGAAGUCCGUCGCAGACUGCCUGGAGCUUCUCAUUGGAGUCCUCACCCAGCACCAGGGUACGGUGACCACCGGAAGGGCUGUGAAGGACGUUGGUAGAGUACUCAUGUCGCUGUAUAAUGACAAGGACGCUGCUGUACGGGAGCUCGCGCAGACUGCUAUCGGCCACUUCGUUAGGAGUACUGGUACCGAGGAGACCAUACCUAGGCUGAGGGAGAUCCUUAUGGAGCCUGGCUUCCCGUUGAAGCAGGACCACAGGAACGCCCUUAACGGCAAGUUUGACAAGUGGCUUCUCGAGAGGGGAGGAGGAGGAGGCGACUCAUGCCUGCAAUCGGCGCCGGCCCUUCCGGCUCUCCCCUCAGAGGCUCCGGCCAGGCUGGUGACUCCUGGUAUAGUGUCACCACCACCCCAUGCAGCUCAGAUGAAGACGACACCGAAGCAGCAGGGGAUGGUGACGGCCAAGACUAGGGGGCUGCCACCACCACCUUCCAUGCGGGAGCCUGUACCCGGGGUAGUUGCCUCACAAGAAGAUUCGCGAGGGAGCUCUCUGGUUGACAUACAGAAUAGGUCUGCUGAGUCGAGCACCGCUGUCAUCCCAGUGGAGCAACACUCUGUAGCAUCCUCUAUGAUGGAGAGCUGCUCCAGUCUAAGGGAAGCUGAGUACCCACCGGCCCCUCAUCCAGGGAGGGUCUCGGGAGGAAGUGACUGGUCCAUCGCCUCUACCACCCCAGCAGAGGAGCUCGCCUUGGUUUGUGAGGAGCAGCUCAGAGGAGGCCACCCUGUGUCAAUAGCAGACUUGUGUAAGAAGACCAAAGAGUUGGGGGAGUCGGACCCUAGGCAAAUGUUGCGUCACUGCGAUGCCUUCCUAAACGCUGCUGCAUGCGCCGUUGAGCUGACCUUGAUAGCGAGGCAUGGUGCGGAGGUGAAGGACUCUGAACGAGUGCUGGACCUGGCCAACUUUCUGGCGACAUCUGCAACGGCCUUGGAUGAAUGCACGUCUAAGAGUAUCAAGACCUUCCUGAGGGCACUCCUUGUGUCGCUCUCUGAUCGGGAGUUCCGUCAUAAGCACUACGCGGACUGGCAACGGGCGAACAUGGCGGUGGUCACAGCCAUGAGUAACGCUGAGACGACGAUAGUCUACAAAGCUCUAUUGGAGUUGUCAAGAGAGGAUGAGCGUAAAGGGCAGCUGUGCGUCCUUAUCACUAGGUGCAUCGACAAGCUCAAUCGUAACUUGAAGAAUUACUUAGUACCUCAACAUCGUAAAGGAGAUCUCAUUGAGAGUGGGUCUAUGGGGGACAUCUCCCCGAGCGGCGCCGCCCCUGGUCCGAGCAGUGUUGCCUUUACCUCUGAUGACAGUAUCAAGCGCAUCGUGCAGACCGUCUGUCAGAUAGUAGGCUUCGCUGAAGUUGGGGAGUAUAUGGGAGUGUACGUGAACGAUUCUGAUGAGAGGCAGGGGUGGAAGAACCUCAUGCGGGACGCGGAGGAGCAAGGCCGCCGGAAUAGUGACGCGAACGCCUCUGAUCGACCGGUGGCUGGGUGA